GAGAUUUUUCUCAUAUCAAAUCCGUUUUGGCUCAAUGGUUGAAAAGUACUGCACUAAUGAAUAAGAUGCUGGACUCGGAUGACUGCACCUUGUCCUUGGACAAUCUCUUUUUUGAGAAACCUAUCGUCCACAAAGUAAAGCCAUUGAAACGAGUGGUCAGUCCAUGGCAAGUGGAAGCACCGCCAUCUCUUUCCCAGAUUCCCUCCACUCAGGUUUUGCAGGAAGAGGCAGAGUCGCUCACUACCCUGUACAGUCUCCAACAAAGACUGUCAAACAAUCUCAUUGAGAGGGAAAAUGAAGAGAUCCAUGACAGCGCCCACAGCAUCUGUAGACCCAAAGGCCUUUGGGGAGGUGAAGGUCUUAGGGACCUCUCUCAGGGUCCCAGUCAGACUAGCAUUGAUGAAGGUGGGCAUGAUACUGAUCGAGGAACCAUCUGCAUGAAGUAUUUAUCUGUGGAUGACCGUAAAGGACCACCUCUGCAGAGAAGCUUGUUCAAGGUUCCCGUGUCGAAGUGCGGAGGUGACUCGUCAAACGCAAACGACCUCUGUCGUAGUCACGCAGCAUCCGGACCGCAACCUUUUCUCAGUCCGGUUGGCAUGGCAACAGCACCUCCUCCUUUUCAGCCACCGAGGGUGACAUUUGGCCAAGCCGCUCCUCCUUCCCCAAUCCUUCCAGCCUCACUCCUCCCCCCUCCUCUGGUCUCAUCUGCAAUGAGCGUCAAUCCCCCCCAGCAGGCGGCCCGUGUAGAAAGGCAGGACAAGGGCACAAUGAGAGCCUUGCUUCCACCCGCCGCGCCCCAGCCGCUCCACAUCCAAGGGACUUCAGGAGCUGACGUUUUGCGACCAGUCUCGGAAAUCCCAGCUAAGUUCCGACAAGUCUUCAGCGAGUUCCCCUUUUUCAACUACAUCCAGUCUAAAGCUCUAGACGACAUUCUUUACACAGACAAGAACUUUGUGGCAUGUGCUCCUACCGGAUCUGGUAAAACUGUCCUGUUUGAAUUAGCCAUCAUUCACCUGUUGAUGGAGACCUCCGAGCCCUGGAGAGGCGUCAAAGUUGUAUAUAUGGCCCCCAUCAAAGCUCUCUGUAGUCAGUGCUUUGAGAACUGGACAAAGAAGUUUGUUCCUCUGGGGCUGAACUGCAAGGAGUUGACGGGCGACACCGAGAUCGACGACUUGUUUGAAAUUCAGGACUCGCACAUCAUCUUGACCACUCCGGAAAAAUGGGACAGCUUGACCAGGAGGUGGAAGGACAACUGUCUGCUGCAAUUGGUCAGACUCUUCCUUAUAGAUGAGGUUCAUGUCGUGAAGGAUGCAACCCGUGGUGCCACUCUCGAAGUUGUGGUCAGCAGGAUGAAGGCCGUACAUGCCUACAGGACAAUCCAGAAUCAAGACAAUGACAUCUCGAUGAGAUUUGUGGCUGUGUCAGCCACCAUACCCAAUAUUUCCGAUGUAGCAGACUGGCUGUCCAAUGAGAAGGGUCCUGCCUCGUAUAUGGCAUUGGAUGAGAGCCACCGCCCAGUGAAGUUGAGGAAAGUGGUGUUAGGAUUCCCCUGUAACCCAAACCAAACCGAGUUCAAGUUCGACUUAUCGCUCAAUUACAAGAUGGCCAAUAUCAUACAGACUUACUCUGACCACAAGCCCGCUUUAGUGUUUUGCUCCACCAGAAAAGGAACCCAGCAGUCAGCUGCCGUUUUAGCGAAGGAAGCGCGCUUUGUUAUGGUCCCUGAGCACAAGCAAAGGUUGAUGAACUAUGCGCAGUCUCUUCUGGAUUCCAAAUUGAAAGAUCUGGUGAUGCUGGGAGUUGGUUACCACCACGCCGGAGUGGAUGCCUCUGACAGAAAAGUGAUAGAAAAGGCCUUCACUCUCGGGGACCUGCCUGUCCUGUUUACCACACGCACUCUGGCCAUGGGAGUGAACCUGCCUGCUCACCUGGUGGUGAUCAAGUCCACCAUGCAGUAUGUCGCAGGCUCCUGUGAAGAGUACAGUGAGGUGGACCUGCUGCAGAUGAUUGGCCGGGCUGGAAGACCACAGUUUGACACAUCUGCCACUGCAGUGAUCAUGACCAAGAUGCAAACCAAAGACAAGCAUAUGAAACUCAUGAAUGGGAAUGAGAUUAUCGAGAGCAGUUUGCACAGUCACCUGGUGGAGCACCUGAAUGCCGAGAUAGUUCUCCAAACCAUCAGCGAUGUCAACAUGGCUCUGGACUGGAUACGCUCCACCUUCCUGUACAUCCGAGCGCUGAAGAACCCAGAACACUAUGGCUUCUCUGCUGCCAUCGGCAAAUGUGGAAUUGAGUCAAAACUCCAAGAACUCUGUCUGAAGAACCUCAACUCUCUGUCCUCUAUCAAUGCGAUCACGAUGGAUGAGGACAUCAAUAUUAAACCCACAGAGGCUGGCCGGUUAAUGGCAAGGUACUGUAUUGCCUUCAACACCAUGCUGCAGUUCAGCAACGUAUCCGGCACAGAGAAUCUGUCUGACCUAAUUGAGCUGGUGUCAAAGAGCCAAGAGUUCAGUGACAUUCAGCUGAGAGUGACCGAGAAGAGGCCCUUGAAUACCUUAAACCGGGACAAGAACAGAACAACCAUUAGGUUUCCGAUGGAUGGAAAAAUCAAAAGCAAUGAUAUGAAAGUGAACUGCUUGAUUCAAGCUCAUUUGGGGUCCAUCUCACUUCAAGAUUUUGGCCUCACACAGGAUACAGCAAAAAUAUUCAGGAACGGCAUGCGCAUCAGCAAGUGCCUUUCUGAAUACCUGAAUCAGCAUUCCAAAAUGGGCUUCAGUACUCUGCUCAACUCCCUGAUCUUGGCCAAAUGUUUCAGAGCAAAACUCUGGGAGAACUCUGCGUAUGUCUCUAAACAGAUUGACAAGAUAGGCCAAACUCUGUCAACUGCUAUGGUGAAUGCUGGACUUACUACAUUCAGCAAGAUAGAGCAAACCCACCCGAGGGAGAUUGAGCUGAUUCUCAACAGACAUCCACCAUUUGGAAACCAAAUCAAGGAAUUUGUCGUGCACCUCCCAAAGUAUGCAAUCACCUUGGAACAGCUGCCGAGGUACGGCUGUGAUAUCGCUGAGAUUGUGGUGAAGGUGAACCUCCAAAACCGAGAACUCCUGCUGACCAAGAGAACAGCCCCAGGCAAUCACUACGUUUCUCUGGUCAUCGGAGACGCCGACAACAAUUGUGUCUUCCAGCAAAAAAUCACUGACCUGAUGCUGCUGAAGAGCAAUAGCUGGUCAAAGAAGAUUGAAGUGGUGAAGGCCUCGAAGGGAGAUGAGAUCAGUGUUAAUCUCAUCAGCUCGGAAUAUGUUGGCCUCGACAUCCAGCAGAAAUUCAAUGUAUACUACGCAGGAGCACGCUCGUUUGAGACGGAUAACCCGGGCAGCAUGUCUCGUGAUUCUGCUGGAGAGACGCCGCAGCAGUCAGGAGCAAAACCUCACUCUGCUAUCAAAGCUGCACCUCUUCAGGAGAACACAACAUCUUCCACAGAGCAAGUUGGAGGACAGAAAAGACAGUGUAACCACCUCUGCAAGAAUAAGGACCAGUGCGGCCAUGACUGUUGUAAAACUGGUGUAACUGUGGCCCGCAAGAGGCCGGCAAGCAAAGCUGCAUGUUUUUCUUCCUAUUUGAGCGACCUGAGGAGCAGGUGCGACACACUUGCACCCACUCCGGUCAAACGACUCAAGAUGAAAAUGACGGAGCACUCUGUGGAUGUCAACAUGCAGCAGUUUUCCUACAAAGCUAAGAAAUUACACACCUUGUCCAGCGAUGACGCAUACCACCACAACGCUUCCGUUGUGAUGAUGGAUCAAACCGCAGAAGGUUCUUCGCAGUAUCCGUACCAUAUGGAUGACUUUGACAACGAUGAUGUCCUAUUUAUGGACAUGCACACAGCAGUGGAGGAGCCAAUCCAAGCUAAUGUUGCUCCUCCUACCAACCAAGCUUCUGUCGGGUGGAGAAAUGGCGGAUCACAUGCUGCUAGACCCUGGCGAGUGUCAAAUCAGAGCACACGCGACAACGAUGAGGCAUUGUCCCAAAUACCAAGUGUUAGCUUUGACCUCGGAAACGAUUGGGAUGACUGGAGCGACUUUGAUGAGGAGACACCGGUUCAUGCCAGUGACACAUCACUGACUCAAAGGCAGUCAGCUAAAUGCACCAAAACAGGUUAUGUGGCCAAAUCGCCAUGUCACCCCACACCCAUGGCACUGAGGUCAAUUUCCCAAAAUAUUCUCAACAGUCCUGAACCCUCUCCUUUUACAGCCAGACAGACGAGCCAAACAAAGGAUGCAAGCGUGUUUGGUACAGGGAUUGCAACAAAAUCACCAGAAAGAACAAAUUCAAGCAGUGUGGCCCCACCAACUCAAAGAUUCAAUUUCUUCUCGCGUGACACCAUUGCGAGCGACAACAGCAUGACCGACAGCAAAGAAGAGGAAGCUUUUCUUGGAAUAUUUGACGGUAUAUUUUAGAACUUCUGGAUGAGAAAAUGGGAAAAAAAAUUUCCUUCCCAUUGAUGGAUGUUGUGGGAUGUUGUUGUUGAUUCCCCAGAUACAAUUUUGUGUGUUAUAUGUCAUUGUUCAUUUGUUUCCUCGGGUGAUGGUAGACAGUACAGACUUAAUAUAUAAAUAAAAGGGUGGUAUGAUUGAAUGUUUAAAUUGAUAGGAGGCUAAGGGCUAAGAAUGUUAAGGUCUGAAUUGAAGUUUGCGCUUAUGUCUGCUCCUGAAGAAGAGAACAUGUAUUUCUUCAUUAAAGCUAUUUAUUU